UGAGGCUAUGGCAGUGCUGGAGAGCUCUAUCGUCUUGACGGAUACUUAAAUGCGGUGCAGUUUCCUGUCGCCCCAUCUCGGGCUUCAUCCUCUACAGCAUUGAUAGAACAUACGCAACCCACACUUGUUGCCAUCUCUUUCAAAGGAUAAAAAUCUGCAGAAGAGGAUUUCAUGAACCUCCCGUCGCUAAAAUGUCCACUGCAAUAGCCUUACAAGAUAUGCGCCCAACGGAUCCCAACACCCAACAGGCGGGAAUCCUCCGACAACGCCAUCGAUCCCCCUCGCAGCAUGGCAUAAAGGAGGCCACCAUCACAACGCACGACUCCGACUCCGACUGGAUCAUGAAUCCCCAGGACAACUCAACUUCUCACCUCCCCGUCGACUCCCAGUCCUUUGUCCCUACAAAUACAUACUGGAUCACUCCCCACGGCAUGUUAGCUAAAGAUAUCAAGAUCCUCGACCUAACAUCAGAUAUCACACUCCCAUACACGGGUCUAACGAGCUCCUACAAAGACCACGUCAAAAUCACACUAAAAGACCACUCCUUCUCUCCCAUUUUCACGGUUCAUAGGGGCAACUGGUGGGGUUUAAAAUACUCCAUCACGGACGCCGAAGGGGGCACCGUGGCGGAUUGGAAACACCCUUGGCACUCCGCCGGCGAAGCCGUAUUGACCUUCCCUGACGACUCAGCACAUUCCAGCCACGCCAUAUCACUCACGAAUAAGCGCUGGGGUUUCCGUACUGAAACUUUCACGUUGAAUUCUGUUCCUUUUGAGUGGAAGAUGGACAGUCUCUGGCACUCUCAGGAUAUGACGUUGUGCAAAAUUUUCGGUUCGGGGCAGAGUGAGAAGAGGGUGGAGGUGGCUAAGUAUGCGCAGAAAUGGUGGGGUGGGUUUGUGACGGGGGGAACGUUUGUAGUGGAUGAGGGUGAGGUAGAUGGGUUAGUAGCUUGUCUGACGUUGAUGGUUGUAUUGAAGAAGAAGAGGCAAAGACAAGCGGAGAGGAGUGGAGGGGGCGGUGGGGGUGGUGGAGGAGGCAGUUAAGUGUAUCGAAGCGUUCAAGUGGCUGUGUGGGGAAUUGUUUCCGGCGCUGGAGGACUGGCGUUGGAUACCCUUUGUGUUUUAUUAGUUUUAGACUCGGAUAUUGCUCAAAGAGAUGCUAUCGGAUUCAAUGUACCGUAGGUAGUCACAUCAUGUGAGACACAGCUAGGGUAGGGUUUAUCUAUUAAACCCCUUGCUGGAAGUGGGGCGCAUGUUAAGUUAUUCCCUUGCCAUGUUCCAUGUUAGGUUAUAAGAUACAGUAGAAUGUGG